AUACACAUAGAUUAUACACUUUAUAUAUUUGAGUGAUUAAAUCUAUGGAUUAUACACAUAGAUUAUACACUUAAUAUAUUUGAGAAUUAUACACUUAAUUGUGGACCUAACAAAAUAGAAAAACAAUUUUUUUUUCAAUCAAUUUAAUUAAAUUUUUAUGGAAAUAGAAUUAAAAUGACUUCCGCAUCAUCCAGUAGCGCUAGGAAUUUGUUCGCGGAGUCCAAACAAAGGCUCGCUGAAAGAGUGCAAGUGAAUAUGAACAAUAUUUCGUCGUUGGCGAGACAAAUUCAGAGAGGUUCUAAAUCUAAUGAGCUGUUAACAAAAGCAGCAAGAGAAAUGGCAUCAACAGAACAUCAGAUUGAAACCAGUGAGGAAAAUUUGAAGAAGAUGCAAUUAAUAGCAGUCCACAUUGGAUAUCAAUUUGAAAACAUUCAUAAGUCUGCAAAAAUGCUGACAGAAAUAAAUGAACAAAUUACAGCUAUGCAAAGAUGAGAAAUUAUUGGGAAACUGUUUUUGUUUGUGACUACACAGACGAACGGCAAAAGGUUCAAUCAACUCAAAGCUUUCUUUAUAGUGGUGGUGACUAAGCUUUUAUGUGUACGAGAUUUCAAAUUGUAUUAGAUUUCAAAAAAGAACAUAAAUUGUGGACAUUAUUUAAUUAUUUGCUGUAGGAUUUUAGAUUUUGUUUUCAGCCACUGAACUAUUUUUCUUAAUGGAUAAUAUUUUAUGUAAUUUGGGAUUUGAGAUUGAAUAUUUGUUCAUGACUGUACUCUAUAAGUAUUUUAUAAUAAAUUAAUUAUGUAAUUCAAUGAAAUUAAUAAAAAAAUAUUUAAGAGCA